GCGCUCUCUCCCCGCUGUAAGUGCUUUUUCUCUCUCUCUUCCAAACACACACACACGCUCUCUCAGACUUCUGUUGAGCAGCUGCUGGAUGUGAACUGGAGGAGCGUCAGCCUCAAGAGCAGAGUCAGUGAAUCAGCUCAUCAGCCCGGGCAGAGCGGCACUCAGGACACUGCAGCUGCUCGGUCAAAGCCUUUUUACGCGCCUGGGGAGAUACCUCAAAAACUCAAAUGCUGUCGUGAGAAGAUUGUUUUCGUCAAUUUCCCUCUGGAAUAUUCUGUGUGAUUACUGGAAAACCACCUUAAAUUAAAUCUGUGAAAGUCGGAGGACAUCUCCAAGGCAGGAUGAGGGGGUUUUCAGCUUUCUCCAACGUGAUUCUGGUUGCGCUACUUGUCGCGACCGUCUCAGCGACCAAGUUAAAUGUACCCCGACUGAGACUGUCCUACAAAGACCUCCUGUCCACCAACAGGUCGUCCAUCUUCAGCGGUCAUCAUGGCCAGCUCACACUCACCGCCGUCUUCCUGGAUGAGUACCGCGACCGCCUCUUCGUAGGAGGGAAAGACGUCCUCUACUCUCUCCUGCUGGGACCCACCAGCAGCGAGUCCAAAGAGAUCUACUGGCCCCCGUUACCUGGCAACAGAGAGGACUGCAUUCAAACGGGUAAAGAUCCCCAGACGGAGUGUGCCAACUUUGUUCGACUCCUGCAGCCCUACAACCGCACCCACCUCCUGGCCUGUGGGACCGGUGCAUUCCAGCCCAUGUGUGCCUUCAUCUAUGUGGGACACAGAGGAGAGCACGUGUUCACAAUGGACCCUACCAACGUGGAGAACGGACGAGGGAAGGUUCCACAUGACCCCAGCCUACCCUUUGCAAGCACCUUCAGUGGUGGGGAGUUGUAUGCAGGACUGACAGCAGACUUCCUGGGCAGAGACUCUGUGAUCUUCAGGAGUAUGGGAGGUCGCUCCACCAUGAGGACAGAGACUGACCAGAAACUCCUCCACGAUCCAAAGUUUAUUGCUGCUCACCUCAUCCCAGACAACGACGACCGAGACAACGACAAAGUGUAUUUCUUCUUCACUGAGAAGGCCACGGAGGCGGGGGACAGGGAGGGGGCCAUACACACCCGUGUCGGGAGAGUGUGUGCGAACGAUGUUGGAGGCCAGAGAGCGUUGGUGAACAAAUGGAGCACCUUCAUCAAAGCCAGGCUGGUGUGCUCUGUACCAGGACCGCACGGCAUCGACACACACUUCAACCAACUGGAGGAUGUUUUCCUGCUGAGGACGAAGGACGAGAGGAACCCAGAUGUGUAUGCCAUCUUCAGCAGCAUAAGUAAUGUGUUCCAGGGUUAUGCUGUGUGCGUUUAUCGUAUGGCCGACAUCAGAGAAGCCUUCAACGGACCCUUUGCACAUAAGGAGGGCCCUGACUACCAAUGGGGGGCCUACGAGGGAAGGGUCCCUUAUCCAAGACCAGGAGUGUGCCCGAGUAAAAUCACCAACCAGCCAGGCAGAGAGUUUGGCAGCACAAAGGACUUCCCAGAUUCUGUGCUGCAGUUUGCACGCAACCACCCGUUGAUGUGGCGGCCGGUGUAUCCAGCCCUGCGCCAGCCUGUGCUCGUAAAGGCCAACAUUCCUUACAAGCUGAAACAAAUUGUGGUGGACCGAGUCGAGGCAGAGGACGGGCAAUAUGAUGUCAUGUUCAUUGGCACAGAUACUGGUACUGUUUUAAAGGUCAUAGCCCUGCACAGUGGAAACAGUCUGGAGACAGAGGAAGUCACAUUGGAGGAGCUACAAGUCUUUAAAGUGCCAACCCCCAUUACAUCCAUGGACAUUUCAGUGAAAAGGCAAGCCCUGUAUGUGGGCUCUCCAGCAGGGGUGGCGCAGGUGAAGCUGCAUCGCUGUGAGACUUAUGGGAAAGCCUGUGCUGAGUGCUGCUUGGCCAGAGACCCCUACUGCGCCUGGGAUGGAUCAUUGUGUGCACAAUUUAUUCCCAACAGCAAACGGCGAUUCCGCAGACAGGACAUCAGGCAUGGAAACCCUGUGCUGCAGUGUAUGGAUGAGAAUCUGAGUGAAGACCUUGAUGUGGCAGAAGACAGGGUGGUGUAUGGGACUGAGAACAACAGCACCUUCCUGGAGUGUGUUCCUCGCUCUCCACAAGCUACUGUUACCUGGCUAGUCCAACGUGACAACCUCAAGGAAGAGGUGAAGCUGGAUGAUCGAGUCAUGUCUACUGAGCAGGGCCUCCUGUUCCGUCGUCUGUUCCGCCAGGACGAAGGUGUGUACAUCUGUCGCUCUGGAGAGCAUGGCUUCACUCAGACCCUGGCCCGCCUCACCCUUGAAGUCCUCCAGGGGGAGACUGUGGAUGAGCUCAUGGCACGUGACAACAUGGCCGGCCUGUCCGACUCGUUCAAAGACCGCUCAACAGGAAGCUACAGGGCCUGGAUGCCUUGUGCUGCAUACAGCAGGGGCUCAUCUAACCAAAUGGGCCAGUCGCGUACGUGGUUCAAGGAUAUCAUGCAGCUGAUCGGGCCGUCUAACCUGCCGCAUGUGGAGGAGUACUGCGAGAGGAUGUGGUGCAACGACAAGCUGAGGAGGAAGCACAAGGGCAUGCUGGAGAAGUACCGCCAGGCACAGGAGAGCGCCAGAAAGGCUCGUAGCAAGAGCUCUGGAGAACGGAACCGGACGCCAAGGGAUCUCAGUGUAUGGGAGGAGUAAUGGAUGGAGAGCGAAAAGGGGAAUUCAAAAUGCAAAUAGAAAGGGACAAAGAUUACAUAACAGGACAAGAUUAACUGGGCUGUAAAAAGGGUCAAGACCAGCAAUAAGUCCCAAUGGUCAGAACUUUCUGAUUUGUGUUUGAGAGAAUAAGAUGAGAAAACUGUCUGCUCUUGCCAUUGACCUAAACAGAAAGGAUUUUAUAAAAUCAGUAUGUGUAUAGAUGAGGUUCUGGGUUGGUUCUGGAUAUAUGGCCCUAAAAGACAUAAGAGUUCAGUUGUCUGAAUAGACUCCACAGAAAUUGACUGCUACUGAACUGAACUGGUUGUUGCCAUUGUUAUCAAGCUAACGGAAAGGAGACAAGAGACAAUCUAAUAAAUACACUCUGAGGAUGCUUGUUUGCUCUUCCCUUCUCACACAUACGCUCUUGUAUACAUUGAAAAACCUAGAAGUGACAGAUACUACUCUUAUUUUAUCAAGUCAUUUAAAACCUUCAAAUCUUAACCCUCAAUGGUGUAUACGUGCAUGCUGGUGGACUGACUUUACCGACAGCCUCAUUAGGUGUUUUUGGACCAGGGGAACUAUUUCAUAGUUCGAAGAACAGUCAGAAAAACCUUUUCCAUUCCCUCGCUGUCAACACAACAGAUCUGGAUAUGAUUGAAGUUCUUUGAAUGCUGUUUAUUGAGCAUGUUUUGAUUAAGGUAUGUAGACUCCCCACUCAAGAGGUAGCCUAAGAACUUAAAGUUUUGGAAAUUGGUGAAUCUAAAUUUGCAUUUCCAGCUCCAUUAUUUUCAUGAAACCCACAAAUUGGAACGAACACACCUCAGUCUAUCUACCAUGCCUUUUAGUGGCAGAAGUCUGCAAACAGACAAAGCCUCUGGAUGUAUGUUUUUUUCUCCCUGCCAACCUCACCACUUGGCAGUUAAUUUUAAUGAACUGUUUGUUCCCCUAAAACUCAAUAGGUGUUUUCCGAGUUGGCUUUUGGGGCUAUAAAAAGAGGAGCAUCAAAUAUUUGACAUUAUUUGCAUCUGUGAGUAUUGCAAAGUGCAAAUUUGACACACAUGGACAUAUAAACUUACUCUCCAUUUAUUUUUUACUUUACCACAGUUCUAGGGACUUUUUGAAGUGAAACUAUCCACAUGAGAGUUUCCUGAGAACUAAACACCAUGGGGACUUUUUUCUGUCUGCAUUCGCACCACCAUUGUACCUACUUUGAAGCAAGAAGCAAUACGAUUCCUCUUAACGGGGAUCUAGGAACUAAAAUUAUUCAUAGUUCCUGCGGAGGGGAAUCAUGAAAAGAGGGGGGAGGGUUCCAACAGCUCCUAGAACUAUUUAAAAGUUCCUGCGGUGCAAAAAACGGCUAAUGUUUUUAAAAAAUAUAUUUAUUGCUCAAUGUCCCUAACUUUUCUCUGCACUUGGCUUUCUGCGAUAUAAUAUUCAUAUUUUAGCUCAACACAAGACAUAACUGACCUUACAGUACUCAGAAAAUGUAGUUAAAUAUAUUUAAGAGGCACAUGUUGAUAACAAACACCAGCUCACUUUAGGCACUUGCUGUAUCAGAUCUUGCCAUUGCUCAUGGACAAUGGGGAAUUUAGGUUUUUGCAAACUGUUGCAUUGACCCAACUCUCACACACACAUCAUACUAAACAUAUAAGCUUAACUAGCUCAACUGGAAGCUACCAUGAGACGACUGUUGAUGGUUCAACAGAUUAAAGGCUCAUUGCUUUAUUUUAACUUGUGAGAGUUGAACUUUCCAUUGAAAUCCAGCUAGAGAUCAAAAUGGCUUAUUGUCAUGCUUUUGGAUACAUACCGUUACACCUCAUGGAAUGUACCUAAUGGCCACAGUCAAGCUCCAAUUUACUACACUGUUGAUCUCUAGGUGUCUAAACUCCAUGAAAACCAUGUAUGUGAUCUAAUUUUCAUAUGACUGUUCACUACAUUACAUGAAUUACACCCAAACACGUCACCUUAAAGUUUUUGUUUACUUAUAAGCUAAUAGUAGAAAAUCAUAUUAAUGGAAAAAUGACAUAACCUGACCUCACAGUUGUAAUGUCGCCUCUCACAUGAAAUAUCCACUGAACUCGUUUGUGCUUUAGCUUUGGGAGACAAUUGGCCCUAUAGGGGAUUCUAACAAUAGAUGGAACAGUGAAGGGGUCAGCUGUACUUUCUACUCUUGUGCUUUCUGCUUUGUAAACACUGGUUUUAAGACGGUUCAUGGUUUGAAAACAUGAUAAUCCACAUUGUUAUUGUCUUCAGUUGUGUUGUUAAAAUAGAACUUUAGGGGUUAAAAAGGUAAAAAAAAUGAUUUCGCCUUCAGGAGUGGAGAGGAGAACGAAGAGUUGAAAUGAUUAAGAGUUCAGGAGACGGAGCAGAUAAAGAAAAGACGUGUCUCAAAUACAGAGGAAGUCAGUGAAGAGCAAUGAAAGGAGAGAACAAACAAUCUUCAGUUUCCAUUAAAGGCUGUAUGUUGAUGGUAGAAGCAUCUUUUGGAGCUUCAGUGAUACAGGAUGAAAUGUUCAAAUCAAUCAACCUGCAAAAUAAAGACAUUACAAAACAUUUUUGUAAAGACCAUUUUUAGGGCUGUCAGCAUAAACCUGUUAAUCACAAUGCAUCGUGGGUGAGCCACCGCAGCGUCUCCCUGUUGUCACAGUAACUGAAAAGAACAACACCACUGCGCCUUUAAAAGGCUCCUUUCACUUUAGAAAAACUCCUGGACGGUGAAGUGGACCACUCCACCUUGUGAUAUCAAACAUUUCACCUUUUCAUUGUUCCCUUUAGCUGUUUCCAUUUACUUUUCAAUCCGUGAUGACUUCCUUUUUCCUUGGUAAAGUUAAUGUCGAAACCUUUGCUCUAUCGGAAGUUCAUUAUUUUCUUUCAAAAUAAAAGCAGGUUUAUAUCUAAAUUAGCUUAAGACAGUACGGAAAAAAACACAACUCUUUUAGAAUGCAAAUUAAUGGAAUUUUAAACAUGCAAUUUAAAAUGUGAAUAAUAUAUCAAACUUCUGUGAUUAAUUAAAAAAUUAUCAUUUGAAAGCACAACUUUUUAAAAUGAUAUUUUUUUAAAUUAAGAUAAGCUUUCAACUGUAUCACUGUAACCACAAAUGGAUGCAUUAUGGAAGUCUAGUGUUUCACAUUGCUAGUUAAAAUUUGCCUGAUUCAAAACCCAGCAUGCAUUCAGUUUUGAUGGAAACCUUGAACUAAGAUUAUAAAAAAUGCUGGUUCCAAAGUGGUCACGGCAUCAGCUUCCACUUACAAACAAAACUUCAACACAAAAGUUAAGUAUCAUUCAUUUUGAGUCAGUUAUUCGGUUAGAAACUAAAUGAUCUGCUCAUAAGUAGCCUCUUGUUGCCAAAGAACUGAGGGCCUCCAUCUCCGCUUUGGCAGCCAUGUGAUAUUUAAAUUAUACAAAUUAUAAUAAUCCUUCCUUGUAUAAAAGUGGCUUAUUUAUUUUGGGAGAACUCAUCUUUAAAACGAGCCAGGAAGUUGCUCAAACACCAGUGAACUUUCGGUAACCGUGGUGGUUUGACUUAAUGGACAAAUGAAAAGAGAGGAGUGAAGAUUGGGACUAGGAGUAGACAGAUUUUUUUCUAAAGGUACUAAAAGCAUCUGGUGAAGUCUGUAUUUGCAACUAAUAAUGUCUUUUAAAUGCAUUUUCUGCCAACUUAUCAAAGUUAAUAUUACAAAUGGUGACAUAUUUAUUACCAGUUUGUACAGGACACGUUUUUACUCCAGCUAACUCUAUUUUCUUAGUUUGAGGAUUUUGAGACUAGCUCUUAGAUUGCACUUGUGUUUUGUUUUUCUUAAUAUUGCUUCUGAUGUGUAACUAACUAAACUUACAGAAAAUUACUAAAUAAAGGGGGUAUGCAUCAAAGAGUCUGAUAGUUUGCAGGGAAGAAAACAGUGUAAACUCAUGAAAAUAAACUCAACAGUGGAUCGUCAGUUUUAUGUUUUAGUCUGGUUUGAUUUCAUAAAGUUUAUCAAGUGGAUAAAAUAAAAGUGAAUUUAUGUCUUUAAAAACUGUUGUAUAUUCUUUUUGUUGUGAUUGUAAAGUUGGUGUUUUUGAAGUUUCAAUUUUCUUGCAACUGUCAUCAGUGGUACUCAACUGGUGGGUUGGGACCUAAAUGUGGGUCGCAGACAUGUCUUCAGUGGAUCGGGAAUCUGUGCCCGGAGAAAAUAGUGGAGUCAAAAACUUUAUGGAGAUCUUUUAAAAGAUGCUUGUUUUAUUCUGUAUUUUUGUUCUAUCAUGUUUCGGACCGUCAUGGUCCAAAAAUCCACUUUUUUUUAGUAAAAUAAAUCUGAAUGGUUGAAAAAUAUCUGAAAUUUUGGUUGUGAUUCAUCAUGUGGAGUGGUGGUGGGUCCAGAGGCUACCGGUUGAGAACCACUGAUCUAAGAAGGAACCAGCAAACUAAAUACUGACAGGAUUGGAGUCUUAAGCACACAAUACUUCAGGGUGAUUUUUUAUUUGUGCAUUUUCAAAUAUGGAAUUUUUAAGUAGCUGACCAGAAUUUGCAUUACUGCUUAUUAGUGUGUAACUCCUGCAUGUUUAAAACCAACAUUGUAAAGCCUACGAUUGCAUUUCAGUUUCAAAGUGUGUCGUGGUGUUGCAUCUUCCAUUCACAUUUUUACUCCUGAACUGUCCUCGUUCAGUGCUGUUGGUCAAUGCUUUUUGAAUUUUAUCUAAAACACGUGUUGAAUUUAAAGACUGCAUACUUCUUUAAUGUAGUAUUUAACAGCAUUUAUAACAUUUGAUGGAUUUUAUCGUUCAACAAAGACUCAAGACAGUCGUCAAUGUAUAUUGUUUUAACUUUUGUUAAACUACACCGGGUGAUUUCUCUGAUUAGCUGCUCCUCCUGAUUGGAACAACACUAAUCAACUAAAUGUGUGCGCAUGAGGUGAUCUGCACAGCUACUCUGCUCCAGGCAAACCAGAGGUUCAGUCAGUAACAGACACUGGAAGAAGAAACUGCAUUAAAAACACACGAUGUGAUUACGAUUAAGGCAUCCAUGAACUUUGGAAGUCAGCCGUCCAACAAGCACACACGAGCUGUCGAAGCAUUUUUAACAUGAAAUGUUCAACAAGCAGGGUUUUAGCAGAAAAUAAGAUCAGACUGAAAAUGAAGCCAACAGGACUCUCUAAAUGAGGGUUUCGCUUUGGGCAAUGGUGUAAGGAUCAUAGAAUUGAAAAUGUAACAGUAAGUGGCUGUUCUUUGUGCUGUGACAUUGUGCAGGUUGUGGGGUCUCUGACAGAGCCUCAUUUAAACAUGUAUUUGUGAUUUAUUUAAGUGUCUUUCUACAAUGCAUGCCUCAUUCUUGUAAGCUAUUUAACAGCAAUAAAAGUGGAUUUUCUGAUGUAAGAA